ACAUUCUUACAAUCAUGUGUAAAACGAGGUGUAUUUCACUGUGGUCCAAAAAUUCUGCCACCUCACUGACAUCCUUAUUCUGGGAGACGGAGCUGAGUGCGGGUGAAGACCACCGCCAGCUCCGCCCCUUCUAACUGCACCGUGUAAAUCACAGCUUGGGUGGGUUUGUUGCGCGGACCCGUGGACCUCAGGAACGACCACCUCGGUGCAGCACUACGGACAGCUCCCUCCGCCCAACAUGCCGCGCGACUCUCUCUAGUCGUGUCACGAUCACAGGGGCGGGGCUUACUCGUAUUUCUCACGUGACACCGGACGAUCGAUUUUUAAAGCGAAGGCGAUCAGCUCUGAGUCUGAUCUCUUCGACUAUGUAGAACGGUGCCUCGAGAAGGUGGAUUUCGGACACUGUCCGCUCUUUCUAAGGUGUCCAGUUAGCUCAGCUGCACUGUCUGCACCCCCUGCCGUUUGAACACAGGUGCCAAGAGGAGUCUCUUCCAGCAACUUUUCAAGGAAGCCUAAGGAGACAUCAUGGGAGCCAAGCUGAGUAAGAAGAAGAAGGGUUAUGAUGUCAGCGACCCAAAGGAAAAGAAGGAUGAGGAAACCAUUCCUGUCACUGCAGUAGCAAAGUCUGAAGCUCAGCCUAGUGAGGAGGCAGCCAGCAGUGGGGCACCUGAGGAGGAGGCCAAGACUGAAGCUGCGGCAGACAUUUCUGCUGAGCCUGCAGGGGAGGUAAUGUCAGUGUCACAAGAAGUCACGUCAUGCGAAGCCCUGGUGACAGAAGCUGUGAAAGAGGAAACAAACAUGGCCCAAGUAGAAACGGUAGCUAUAACAGAACCAGCUGACCCAGCUUUACAGGCACCUCUACCAGAACCAAAGGCAGAGGAGCCAUCUGCUGAAUCAGAACUAGAAGCAAAGCCUGAAGUAAGCUUACCAGCAAAGGAGGACCCUGCCUUGAAGAAAGCUGAAGAAAUGUUGGCAACACCAAAGGUGGUUACUCAUGAGGUCCAAGCUGCCCCUGAAACAGAAUGUCAAGUGGUCCAAGAAGCUGUAAGUGCUGCGAAAGCAGCAGCCCCUGUCACAGAGCAUCUUCCAGCUGACAGCUCAACUGUGAUGGCCACGAAGACUUUAGACCCAUGUCCUGUGCCAUCUCUCCCUGGUUCAGGAACAGCCAUUCAGCCAGAAGAAGCUACAGGUGAGACAGUGGCCAUGGUACAGGAAUCCACCACUAAAUCAGAGACAGCCCUUCAGUCAGACCAAACUACAUCUAAUUCUGAUUACAUCACCAUGCCGGAGACAGUUCACCCGAAAGAAGUUACCUCUCUGAAGAUUGCAGAAGUACAAGAAUCCACCUCUAAACCCAAGAGUACUGUUCAUUCAGAAGAAAGUACCGUUAAAACCCUGGAGGUGUCAGUAAUACAGGAAUCAACCUUUAAAUCUGAGAGUACCGUUCAUUCUGGAGAAAGUACCAUUAAACCCCUGGAGGUCUCACCAAUACAGGAAUCAACCCCUGAGCCCAAGAGUGCAGCUCAACCAGAAGAAAGUACUGUUAAACCCCUGGAGGUGUCAGCGAUACAAGAAUCAACCUCUGAGCCUGAGAGUGCAGUUCAUCCUGAAGAAAGUACCAUUAAAACCCUGGAGGUGUCAGCAAUACAGGAAUCAACCUCUCAGCCUGAGAUUGCAGCUCAACCAGAAGAAAGCACCACUGAAACCCUGGAGGUGUUAGCAAUACAGAAAUCUACCAGUGAAGCAGAGACUGUGGUUCAGUGUGAAGAAAGUAUCGCUAAGACAGUGGAGGUAGCCACAGUUCAGAAAUCCUGUACUAAGCCUGAAACAGUUGUUCAACUGGAAGAAGCUGUUAUUCAGACAGUGGCUGCAGUACCAAAUGUUAUUGCUGAGGUCAAGCACACCCCUGAUUCUGUUAUUGAUUUGAUUCAGCAGGACAAAUCGCAAACCAAAACUCCCGAACGUGCCCAGACAGAAGCUUCCCAGGAGGUCCUGGAGAAAUCUGCUGCUCAUGUGACAGAGGACAACAUGUUUGACUACAAAGAAACACAAGCAGAGGCAGAAGUGAAAGCUGAACCUGCUGAGUUUUUCACCUCAUUGGAGGAGCAUACAGAGCCAACUCCAAGUCUGCAAGCAGAGGUUCCAUGUAGUUCUCUGAAUUUAAGAGAGACAGAAGCUGUUCCAGACAUUGUCAUUUCUGAAUCACUUUCUACAAAUGAAUUCCCCAGGGACUGGGUAGAGGAAAGUGUUGCUGAGGUGGAACACGCAGCUGAACUUAAGAAGGUACCCAUCACUAUUCCAGAGGCAGGCUCUGAAACCUACAAACCAGAACCUGCUCUACCUUCUGCUGCUUCAGUGGAGGCAGAGGUGAGUGUUGUGCCUGAUGAAGAUGUCACAGUACAGUCAGCUGGGUCAGCUGGCAGCAGUACUCAAGCUAACAAUAUAAACUUGGAAAAUGGAGAGUGCAAAACUGUUGACUCCACAGAGAAGAAAGACAGGCCUCCAUCAACAGAGUUUAAUGGUGAGUCGCAGGCACCCAAGGCAGUACUGGAGAAGUCUGCUGAGGCUCAGAAAGAGGAAUGUGUCAAUGGCAUCGGCACACCUGAUGUGUCCCCAAAAGAGCAACAGGUGAUCAGUGACUGUGAGCUCAAAAAGGACUUGAUAGGUAAUGUGGUGGUUCCUGAGAGCAUUGGUGAGAUGGCAGAAGCCAUUAAUGCACCUGCGAAUCAAGAUGUUGACUUAGUUUGAACAAAGAAGGGUAAACUUGAUAGCGGUAUGAGUAUGUAAAACUGCACUGUCUCCUGAAUAGAAUAUGGAAGUACAAUUAUGGAGGCUCAGACUAAAUAAUUUCUGGUAAUACAAAAAUGAAAAUGACCACUGACAGGCAAAGUAAGAAACAAUGGAACAAGCUGAUGUGCGUCACAUGCAUCACCUGACGGUGAACACUGGAGUGGAGAUUGUGUAAGACAUAAUGAGAGAUGAGUGAAACAGAAAAACAACAGAACACAAACUGGGCGAUAUCACUAUAAACAAUGAACUGAAUGAGCAGUUCAUUGCCUAGUCUUCUUCUGAGCCCGAUCAAUGACAAAAAUGGUUUAUUAAAUUAGCAUUUAAUGAUACACAAGCUAGAUUUUCAUAAAUUAUUGUCAUAACUCUGUGAAAGGGGGUAAAUUUAGAAGUUUUUGCUUUAGAAGGAAAAACAGUAAGGAAUGUUCAUUUUAAUUCAGUGGAUUGGUCAUGGAAAAUAAACAUUUUUAC